AUGCAGAGAGAGCAGAAGCUAAAGUCGAGGGCUAAAGCGGGGUUCUUGGAGGAGACUUCGGGUGGAUAUGGAGCGGUGGCGUAUGCCGCCAAGCAAAGGGGCUACUCGAAGGGCCAGGGAAUCUCAAACGAGCUCGGAGCAAUUGACGCGAAAGCACGAGUGGUGCUCGGCGGGAGAACCGCGCAGAUCAAGACGGACAAUGUGGUCCGUAUGGAGGUAGUCAAGCGUGGAGGACUGUGGGACGUUGAAACCGUGGGGAAGCAGAGAGCAUUUCUUGAGGGAACCGGUCAAGAACAACCGGGCGUGCGCCGCGGCAAAAAGGCCGGUAAGAGCGGAAGCAUGGUGAAAAAGACGGUGAAGGUCGUGGAGAUCGACCGAGACGAUUCGGACGACGUAAAUGGGGGCGUCGAACGAAAAGUGGUACGCGCAAACGUGGGAGCAGCAACGGAAGCCGUGGGAGCCGAAGAGCUGGAGUACGGGGUGGAGAAGACGUUGACGGAGAAAGGCGACGAUUGCGACAUUAGAGGCGUGUGGAUGACGCCAAUGGCGAAGAAGACAGCCCGCAAGAGGAGCACGACGAGUUAG